AUGGCCGAGACCAAGUCCGAUAUCCACCUCUACACGGCCCAGACGCCAAACGGCAUCAAGGUGUCGAUGCUCCUGGAAGAGCUCGGCCUGCCGUACAAGGUGACCGCCAUUGAGAUCAGCAAGAACACCCAAAAGGAGCCCUGGUUUCUGGAGAUCAACCCCAACGGGCGCAUCCCUGCGCUGACCGACACCUUCACCGACGGCUCGCCCAUUCGCCUGUUUGAGAGCGGUUCGAUCAUGCAGUACCUCGUCGACCGCUACGACACUGAGCACAAGGUGUCAUACCCGCGGGGCACGCGCGAGUACUACGAGGUGAACAGCUGGCUGUUCUGGCAGAUGGGCGGUCUUGGGCCAAUGCAGGGUCAAGCAAACCACUUUGCCAGAUAUGCUCCUGAAAAGAUUCAGUACGGCAUCGACCGAUACCAGAACGAGACGCGGCGCCUGUACCGUGUCAUGGAUGAUCACCUGAAAAAGUCCAAGUCAGGUUACCUUGUUGGUGACAAGUGCACGAUUGCCGACCUUGCCUGCUGGGGCUGGGUCGCCGCUGGCUCCUGGGCGGGUAUUUCGUUGGAUGACUUCCCUUCUUUGAACGCCUGGGUCGACAAGAUUGUGUCCCGACCUGGAUCGGAAAAGGGCAGACAUGUCCCGAGCCCACACAAGGCUCUUGAGAACCGGCACAAGACCGAGGAGGAACUGGACAAGGCUGCUGAGCAGACGAGGGCCUGGAUACAGCAGAGCAUGAAGGAGGAUGCAAAGAAGAAGUAA